CGCGAACUGGCUAACAGUUUCAGAAUUUUUGGAGAGAGAAAGAGAGGAGAGAGAGAGUGCAGAAGCAUCGACAAUGGGGAAAGAUCUAAGCAACGAUCAAGUUUCUUCAAUGAAAGAAGCCUUUACGCUAUUCGAUACCGAUGGUGACGGUAAAAUCGCCCCAUCCGAACUUGGAAUCUUGAUGCGUUCGCUCGGUGGAAACCCUACCCAAGCCCAGCUCAAACAAAUAGUUACCGAGGAAAAGCUUACAUCCCCCUUCGAUUUCUCUCGAUUCCUCGAACUCAUGUCCAAACAUCUCAAACCUGAGCCAUUUGAUCGCCAGCUUCGCGACGCCUUUAAGGUUCUCGACAAGGAAGGGUCUGGUUUCGUUGUUGUAUCAGAUCUAAGGCAUAUUCUUACAAAUAUUGGGGAAAAAUUGGAUCCUGCUGAGUUCGAUGAGUGGAUCAGGGAGGUUAAUGUUGGAUCGGAUGGAAAGAUCCGGUAUGAGGAGUUCAUUGCCAGAAUGGUUGCUAAAUGAUUUGUAAACUAGUGUAUUUGACAUGGAAACAUGAAGCAACUUUUCUUCAGGGUUAGAGCUGAUGCACAUCCUUUGCUACCCUUCUAUGUUAUUUUUCUUUUCAGCGUUUUCUUUUUCUCGACUAUAUGCCAAUGACCCACUUUGCCAUUUUUAUUCUAGAAGGAUUGUCGGGUUUCUGAUUAUCGGGUUUCCUCCUUGUUUGGAAUUCAUGUUGUUUGUACCUUUUGUUUUGUGGUGUGUAUAGAUCAGAUCAGCCAGAUUUGAUGAUGUUGUUAACUUGUUUAAUUUGAUUCUUCUGAAUUGUGCUACUACUACUACCAAAGUUAUUAAUUUCAGUGACUUUAUUAUUUAA